AUGCCAUCCACCGCGCUCCCGCCGCGCGAUCUACGAACCCUCAUCGCCGAGAUCAGCUUGGGCGCCGGCACGCCCGGAUCUCCUACCCGAGCCGCCAGUAUCCCCAUCGCCGCCGACACCCCCGACGACUCCGACGCCUCCGGCACCGACUCAGACUACACCCCGUUCGCGCACGUCCAGCUCGACGCCACGCUGCUCGACGCCUUCGCGGCCGCCGUGCGUGCCGUCGCCGCGGGCGAGGGUGAGGUGAGCAGGGCGACGCGUGGAGCGGACGUGAGGCCAUUCGGCCGCGUGAGGCGCUGCCACACGCACAAGAUUUACCGCGAGGACACAGAUAGCGAAGACGAGACGCCUGAAGCGGUUCCUGCGCCGACGCGCGCACCGGCGACGAACGCGUCCGUCGCCCCACCCCCCAACGUUCCCGAGUCCGCAACCCAAGGUUCGCCCAUCGCCCCGGUCACGCUCGCUCCCACGCUCGCUCCGGUCGCCGUCGCGCCUGACCCCGUGCCUCCCACUCCAGUCGCUUCUUCCGCCGUCGCCAACGCCGCCGCUACCGCCCCGUCCGCUCCCGCCACACCAGUGGCUAUCUCCCCCGCUCCCGCCCCACGCGCGGCUGCUUCCGCCCCUGUCCCCAGUCUGGCCCCCGUCGCCGCUCCAGCGGCGGUGACCCCCUCCACCUCUCCCUCCCGCCCUACCGUCCCCGUCCCCGCCGCCUCCACCCCAGCCCCGGCCCCAACCUCCCACCUGUCCCCCCCGCGCGUCCGCCCGCGCCGCCCCGUCCCGCCAGAAGUCGACCUCAGCACCCUCUGCAACCUCCUAGCGGCCACCGCCACCAUCCUCACCGCCCUCCACAUGGUCGACACCACGCCCCCGCACCCCAGCGUGUACAGGCACGCACUCGCCCGCCUGCCGGCAUGGAGCAUGCUCGCCGUCGCGGCGUACAGCCUCUGUCUGCAGGCCUGGAGGGUCGCGCGCGCGCCGGGCAUGCGGGCGCGCAUGCCAGGCGUCUUGUUCGUCCUCGUCGCCGCCGGGUUGUGGUAUGAGCGGCCGGACGCGCAGCCACGCUUGCCCCCGUUCGACACGCGCGCGCGAUACGGGCCAGAGGAGUACAGCCCGUGGGCGCGCGUCGUCGACCUCGCCCACGGAUAUGUCACGUCGUAG